CGGUCCUAUUCUUCGCUUCCUCCCCCUCCCUUCGGAGUUCUUCUCUUCUUCCAGACCAGACAGACCGAGAGGGGAGAGAGAGAGAGAGAGGAUCAGUUUACUAUUCAGUGUUAUCCACAGAGAGCGCCUUUUUCUGUUCAGGCUUUUGUUUGCUUCCUCCCCCAUUGCAAAUUCCAAUUUCAACUUAGCCCAGUUAUCAUCAUCACUACUCCCACCCACAGCGCCCCCCCUCUCCCCAAGCCAGCCAGCCAGCCACCCACAGCUACAAGGAUAAGAGAUUGUGAUAAAAUAAGACAGCUUUUCAGCAACACAGACAGCAGACACAGAGGGGGGGAGAGAGAGAGAGAGAGAGAGAGAGAGAGAGCUCUCUUCCUGUUGUCCUAGAAAACUGCAAUUCGAUAUGGACCUGUGAUAGCCUUGAAGCUGUGUUGUUGUGGCCUGUUGGGUCGUGAGGAGGUUCCUCAAAACAAUGCCCCGUCUGCCAUCUUCUCUUCUCCCUUCUCUGCAUUCAAUCAGAGCCUUUAAUUUCCUCUCUGCAUACACUGCUCCCCCAGCUUAUUAAUUUCUUCACCCUUUGAGCUCCUCUUCACUCCUCCUCUUUGAAUCUAGAACCCCGUUGCCUUGAAUUUGGUGUUAGAAUCUUUGGAUUUUUCUCCUCUUUCUCCGAGUUGGGUUAAUGUGCAAGGAGAGAUGCUUGGUGCUAAAGUCUUAGCAUGCUUGAUGGGUUGGUGAGAGUGGACCUGCUCAAGUCUUCUCCUCCCCCUUCUCCAUCUUCAAAAUGAAGCCUUUUUCACUCCUUCCCUUUUUGUUCGGUAAGCAGUAGAUGCAUACUUCUCCAUCGCUUUGUCUCUCUUUCAGCUCCAAAGCUGCAGGCUUUACUUCUCCUUCCCCCCCAAUCUGCAAUCUUUUCGCAUACCCUUUUCUCGUUUCUGCUGCUGCUGCUGGUUUAUGAGUUGACUUAUCUUGAUCUGUUUGAGUCUCAUCUUCUUGGGGGGCACUCCCGAGUGUUGUUUUAGCUGAUUUUGGGCGGUUUUAUUGGCCUGCUUUUGUCACCUUGUUGAAGAUCUGAGCCAGGAUAAGGCUGUGCUGUAGCUGAAUUGACCUUCUUGGAGGGCUUUAAACUGUGCAUUCCUCCAAAAGUAAAUGCAUGGAUCGGAGAGACACAAUGGGAGGUUCUUACUACAACACCCAGAGAGGAAUCUCAGGGACGCAGCCCCUUAAUGCCGCAGGCAUGCAGUUCCAGUCCAACUUCGGGGCCGGCUCUAUCGGGUCGACCCUACAGCCCGAGCCCCCCUCGGGGUUCUCAGCCAACAUGGGGCCCCCGUCUGUCGUGCCCACCGCGCCGGCCGAACCCAUGAAGCGGAAGAGAGGGCGGCCGCGCAAGUAUGGGGCCGAUGGGAGCGUCUCCUUGGCACUCUCCUCGGCCUCGAUCUCUCCGUCGGGUUCGCUGGGGUCCACGCAAAAGCGGGGCCGAGGGAGGCCUCCUGGUUCAGGGAGGAAGCAGCAGCUAGCUUCCUUUGGUGAAUUGCUAUCUGGCACUGCUGGGAUGGGAUUUACUCCUCAUAUCAUCACCGUGGCAGCAGGAGAAGAUAUUGCUACGAAAAUCAUGGCGUUCUCACAGCAAGGACCAAGGGCCAUAUGUAUAUUGUCUGCUAUGGGUUCGGUAUCUACCGUUACUCUACGACAGCCUUCUAGUUCUGGUGGUUCUGUCACUUAUGAGGGUCGUUUUGAAAUUUUGUGCCUUUCGGGGUCUUACUUGCUCACAGAUAACAGUGGUUCCCGCAAUAGAAGUGGCGGUCUCAGCAUUUCCCUUGCCAAUCCUGACGGUCGUGUCAUUGGUGGAGGAGUUGGGGGAGUGCUUAUUGCAGCUAGCCCUGUUCAGGUGAUCAUUGGGAGCUUCUCAUGGGGCAGUUCGAAGAUGAAGAACAAGAAAGGGGAUGGCUCAGAAAGGGCCCGUGUCUCAGAUAGUCUGAUUGGGAGCCAAACCUCUACUCCCCUAAGUCAAAAUCUAACUCCACUCCCCUUAGGUGUUUGGCGUGAUUCCCAACCGACGGAUCUCGAAGACGUGCACGUUGACAUCGAUCUGAUGCGUGGAUGACAAAAAGUUUUUGAGUCUUGCGAUUUACUCAUAUUAGUGCGAUGUAUAAUCUUCUUCCUCUUUGAAUGGUAAGUUAAGAUCUGAAUCACUUUAGUUCCAAUUGACGGUACAGUGGCUGACUUGUUCUUGGAACGCCCAUCACAAACUGACAUUGUACUUUAUAUUUUACUUCUUAGCUAAUGGAGAAAUUGGUCUUCUGGAGAUUUUUCAAUCA